AAACUGUCUUUGCUGGUCCCAUGCCGGCUGCGGGGCUCGUUCUCUUUGUUCUUUUCCAAGGUAAGAUGGUGCCGCUCAUCCAAUUCCCUGAGAUGCCUUGCCGUCUGGAUGGUCUGAUCAGCGGCACUCGCAGCCUUCGAUUCUGUUGCAUCCACUCAUCGCAGCCAGCACCACGAUGCCUUGAACAACGCCACACUGGCCCACGCUCUCCCGUGUAAGCACAGCUCGGGAAAAGAUAUUCCUUACGAACCGUUUUGCGCCGCAGCGUGCCCUCCCCAGGACAAUCUUGCAGUGAAGCACAGCCUGAGUCGAAAGGGCCAGUUUCAAAAACGCCCAUGCGGCGAUAAGCGCCUGUGUCUCCUCGAGUUGCUACCUGAGAAGCAGGCCAAGUUCCUCGACUGCAGCAGCGGACAGGAGGUGGGAGAGAGAUGAUGGCCGUACGAAGACCCCACCACCUUUGGCAUGACACGUGCACUUGUAUUAUAUGUAGACCAUGGGAGAGAGAGAGCUGGGCAGCACCGUCGUAGAGGACGCCUUCACGAUCAAGACAGAGGACGGGAAGACCUGUGACUAUCGCUUCUCGACAACAGCAUUUUGCGACAACGGUUGGCUGCACAAACGCCUCUCUGGAUAGACAACCACUUUCUCUCUACCACGCAGGUCCGUUGGCUGAGGAAAUGGCCAAAGUGCUGCAGAAGAGAGAGAAGAGGGGCCCUUCUUUCGCUGUCUUCCGCCCGAAGAAGAAACAAAGCGGACAGCAACAAACCGAAAAGCAUCAGCAGAAUGGUACACGGGAUCCAUACAGCACCUCUAUGAUCUCGUGUGGAUUGCGUGGAUCAUAGAGUGCCCUGCCGUCGACGAAGGGCCCGCGGGGCUGAUCAAAGGCAAUCCAGCCGCCGGCAUCCAGGGGCCUGGCGAACUGGCCGCCUGCAAGAGCCUUCGCUUUUGCCGAGUUGGCCACGUGAGCAGAGACAGCGCUCUAUUCUCCAUCUGGCCAUCAUUAUGUACGUGUGUGUGUAUGGUGCAGCACAUGACAAAGGCACCAGCCGUCGGAUUGGCGGUCAGUCAGGCUAUCCGAUUCCAUGGCAUUCUGUUGGGGCAUGUGCGGAUGUGUGUUCAGGUGUUUGUCCUCUGCAAGAAGGACCAACUCGAUCGAGAGAUCCUCACGGUCAAUCCACGCCUUUGCGCGCACAAGCGCACGCACAGAGGAAGACUUGUGUGUGCACCCCUCUGCCUGUCUGCCUGUCUGUCUGUUAGGAGGUUGGCAGCCGCAUUGUGGGCCUCCAGAUCAGGGCCGACACCUUCAAAACCACCCCCUCAACCCCCUCCGGGGAACAAGUGGUGCGGAGCUACAUCAUCCCACUCGAGCAGAUGGUGCAUCAGACGCCUGAGAGAGACGUUCUGCAGUGCAGUGCGCUGGUGCGCGACGGCGAGAAGGCAUGCAAGACAGACACGUGACAAGCAGUUGGUGUCCGUGCAAUGGGCGGAUGGAUGGAAUCAGUGAGGAAUGGAUGGACCAAUCGACUUCCGGCGAACACAACACUG